AUGUGGUCGAUCAAGAACACGCGCUCCGUCUUCGUCAAGGCCCUCAAACACUACAACCCCAAAGAGGUGGUUGUCUCCAUACAGGCUCCUCCAGAUGGAAACCACAGAGCUGCACUUCUCGUCUUGCUCGCAAUGGUCUGCGAUGCAGCCGAAGUCGUCGAUCGUCUGGGCAAUUACGCGGGCUCAUUCGGCAUACAUUUCAGCGAGACCAGAAAAGCCGAUGGUCAACCGGGUACACCGUUCUGGGAGCGCGACGAAGUCUUGCCUUGGGCUAGGAACGCUCAAAAGCCGAUACGCUCCUACGAUUGCAUCAUGUUUCCUCUGCUUUAUGGAACAUCGAGAGGCCCCUACGAUGCGAAGGUAACCUUCGAGCAUCCGCCGAAGCCGAGGGGCUUGCUCUUCAAGAACACCCCCAAAACUUCUGGCCAAGAGGAACUAGACUGGAGCAUUGUGGAGGGCAUCAUAUGCUUGAGUAUAUAA